AUAUACGUGCGUUAGUAAUAGUUUACUCAUAAAAUGCAUAUAAUUUAAGAAUAUGAAUUUAAUUAAGUUAUUGAAGCCAGUCAGCAGAGCAGGUGCAAAAUAAACCAAAUAUAAUUUAAACACAAGAGUGCAUAUAUGUGUGUGGAAUUUUAACUUACAACGUCUAAUAAUAAAAGGCAUAAUUCGCUGGCAUUGUGCGCAAGAAAGAGAUAGGGCAAAAGAAAGAAGUUGCUAAUUUAUUGUGCGUGAGCGUUGUGUUUGCUGUCAGUGUGACAUUAAUAGCUUUGUAAUUGUAAUAUUUUUAAAUACGCAUAGCAGAUAGUAGCCAAAAUAUUAACGUAUCAACAUUAGCAAAAGUUCAACUACGCUUCCGACACACCAGCAGCAAAAGAAACAGCAACAACAAUAACAACAAGUCGGCCUCUGUCUGACAUUUCAUGCUUUGCGGCCCCUAUCCAAAUUGCUGAUAAAUACAUGUACAUGCAAAAGCAACACCAACAUCAGCAGCAGCAGCAGCGUCAAGUGCUUUAACGCCGGGAAUUAAAUAACAACAGCAGCAGCCAGAAGAACAACAGUUUAUCAUAUUUGAGCAACCGGCAGCAGCAGCAGCCACCAUCAACGCUGUGAGUGCGAGCGAGAGGCAGAGGCACACGCCAGUGUAUAUGUUUGUGGGUGUGUCUGUCUGUGUGUGUGUGGGAGCAAGGCACAGGCACGGCUAAAAAACACCAACAACAACAAAAAGCAGCAAGCAGUAGCCGGAGCAGCAGCAGAAUAUUUUCACAAAUUUUUGCAUUGUUCAACUGGACGGCAGCGUCAACGCCGCUGCCAGCGUUAACCUCAACGCCGAUUAACUGUAAAUUACAACAGCAGCUCCAAAAUGGCACGCCACUUUGAUCAUAUGUUCAAGCUGCUUAUAAUUGGCGACAGCGGUGUAGGCAAAUCUUCGCUCCUCAUACGAUUUUCAGAUGACACAUUCUCGGGCAGUUAUAUAACGACAAUUGGAGUGGAUUUUAAAAUACGCACCGUUGUGAUCGAUGGGCUGCGGGUAAAGCUGCAGAUCUGGGAUACGGCUGGACAGGAGCGCUUUCGCACCAUUACCAGCACCUACUACCGCGGCACCCACGGCGUGAUCAUUGUCUACGAUGUCACGAAUGGCGACUCCUUUGCGAAUGUGCGCCGCUGGCUGGAGGAGAUACAGAACAAUUGCGAUGUGGUCAACAAAGUAUUAGUGGGCAAUAAGAAUGAUGAUCCGGAUCGCAAGGUGGUCAUAACAGAGGAUGCGCAACGCUUUGCGCGGCAAAUGGAUAUUGAGCUAUUCGAGACAUCCGCCAAAGACAACCUCAAUGUGGAGGAUAUGUUUCUGUCCAUAACGCGACAGGUGCUGAAUCAUAAGCUGCGCACCGCCUCCGAUGAACAGCAAAAGGAUCGCAUCCAAGUAAAGCAAAGCAAGAACAAAGGAAAAACCAACAAAUGUUGCAGUUGAAAGCGACGUCGUGGCAGCAGCAGCUGCAGCUGCAGCAGCAGCAGCAGCAAUCCGAUGUGGAUGAGGAUACGUUGUGGGGGCGCGUAGUACAGGUUCAUAAGGCACACACUCGAACACAUACACACAGAAACUUAAACACAGAUAGACAAACAUAUGUAGCUUACACACACAUACACAUGCACAAGACAAAUUUUUUGUUUUUUUUUUGUUUUAAUUUUGUAAUGCCUCAGAGCCGUUAAAAAAAAAGUGUAAAGCGCAAUUAAUUGUAUUUAGCAAUUUAUAUACAUAUUAUACACAUACACAUAUAUAUAUAUAUUAAUGUAUAUAUAUAUAGUAAACAAAAAACAAAUUGCAUAUUUAUACAAGAAUAUAUUUAUAUUUAAAAACGGAAACAAAACAAAGAAAUUUGUAUUUACGAUAAUAACAAGAAAAUCAAACAAUAAUUGCGAAUACGCAGCCGACAAAUUGUGAACAAAUGUGUAUGGUUUUUAUCAUUUACCUAUCGCUGGCAUUCGUCAUGGAAAGUUUUUACACGCAGACUAACAAAUAUCAACUCAAUAUUGUAUAAAAUUAAAACAUAUUUUUACAUA